GUUUUUAGACCACUAUUGCACACAUUUUUGUCAGUUAAAGAUUUUUUCUGAUUUUAUUUAAACAAAAUUAACUUCAUGAUACCGGAAUGUGUGGAAUCUGCUGUAUUCUCGGUUAUAGCAAACAAUCUGACGUGAAGACAUACAAUGAAAAGUAUAUUUAUGCCAGAGGUCCAGAUGCAAAGAAAAGUAGAUUUAUCCAAGUGAAUGAUUCUGCUCAUCUUCAAUUGUCAGGAUAUGUCCUUCAUCUUCGUGGUCGAUUUACACCUCAACCCUUGUUAGAUGAAAAUGGCAAUUGUUUGUUAUGGAAUGGAGAAGUAUUUGAUGGUUUACAGGUAAAAGAAGAUGAAAAUGAUACUGAGAUAAUUAGUGAUAAAUUAUACCAUUGUAAAACACAACAAGAUAUUUUAGAUGUCUUUGAUACUAUACAAGGACCCUGGGCAUUUAUAUAUUGGCAGGAAUGUUAUAAGAAAUUGUGGUUUGGUCGCGAUAAACUAGGGAGAAGAAGUUUGCUUUGGCAUAUACCCCAAAAUGAUUCAGAUUGUUUCAGUAUUUCUUCAGUUCAAAUUCAUUCCCAUAAAUUUUCAGAAAUACCUGCUGUUGGAAUUUUUUGUAUGGAAUUAAAUGAAAAACUAGAUACCGAAAAUUUGCAUGUGGAAUUGUUUCCAUGGAAAUUUUGUGUGUGGCCUCAAACUCAAAAUCCGAUUGACUCAGAAAAUAAUAUAAUGACAUUAGACCAAUCAAAUGUUCAUAUUCAUGUUAAUAAAUUAGAUGAAUUGAAGUCCGGAAUUCCAAUGUUAAAUAAAGAAAUUCCAGUAGCAGAUGCUAGUCUAUUUACAUUAGGAAAGCAAACUCAUGAAGAAUACUUAAAUCAUCUGUUAAGUGACAAUGAGUUCAUGAAAACAGCUGCUAAUCAGUUGAUUGAGGUGCUAGAGGAAUCUGUUAGAAGAAGAGUAACAAAUAUACCAACUAGACCAUCAGCUGAACACCAAUGUCAGAAACUAGAAAUCAGUGAAGCUGCAAAAAAUGAGUAUUGUGUACAUCAGUCCAAUAUAGCCAUUUUAUUUUCUGGUGGCAUUGAUUCAGCAGUCAUUACAGCCUUAGCCGACAGAUGCAUACCAGAAAGUGAACCUAUAGAUUUAUUGAAUGUUGCAUUUGAAUUACAGCCAAAAUCUCAACCUAACACGGUUAAAAAACCUAACCAAACACUGUAUAAUAUCACUUUAAACUCUUUAUUUUAUAGAAGUAUUGUUAAAGAUAAGUUUAAUGUUCCUGAUAGACUAACUGGCCAUAAAGCAUUAUCAGAAUUAAACCCUAAUAGACACUGGAAUUUCAUAGAGAUUAAUGUUACACAAAAAGAACUGAUACAAGUCAGAUCAGAACGGGUUCGUCAUCUAGUAUAUCCAUCCUGUACAGUAUUAGAUGAUAGUAUAGGUUGUGCUUUAUGGUUUGCUGCUAAAGGACAUGGUAUUGUAGGUAAUGGAGAAAACAAAGGAAAGUCAUUCAAAAGUAAAGCCAAGGUUAUUUUAUGUGGUAUGGGUGCUGAUGAACAAUUGGCUGGUUAUUCUAGACAUAGAAGUAGAUACAGCGAAGGGGGAUGGAAAGGAUUAUUAGAGGAAAUGAACAUGGAAAUUAAACGUAUCUCAUCAAGAAAUUUAGGUAGAGAUGAUAGAAUUAUAGGUGAUCAUGGUAAAGAAGCAAGGUUUCCGUUUUUAGAUGAACAUGUAGUAACCCAUCUCAGUAGUUUACCAAUACAUAUGAAGGCACAGCUAGAUUUACCCAGGGGCCUAGGGGAGAAAUUAUUAUUAAGAUUAUCAGCUACACAACUAGGUUUGACAACAACAAGCUGUUUUCCUAAGAGAGCUAUACAGUUUGGUUCCAGGAUUGCUAAAAUGGAAAAUUCAAAGGAAAAGGCUAGUGAAAAAUGUGAUAGACUUGCUUUCUGAAUCUUUAUGACUGAAAAGCAGCUUUAUCCUAUCUAUUUUAUAUCCAACUGGCGAAUCAUUUGAAGCCUGCGCAGUCUUUAGUACACAAAGCCUCAGUUAAUUGUCCCAUUUGAUGAACAAUGCUUUUUUCCAAGGGAGAAAGAAACUGCAUUUUCAGUAAAUUAAAGAUAAUUUUAUAAUGAUUUAAAAAAAAUAAACUUUUAAAAACUGUU